AUCGAUAAAGAAUCGAAUUAUUGCAGAAUCGGAACCAGAAAUCGCUGAUGAGACCUAAACAACAACAAGAUGUCGGAACCGCAAGAGGAAGAUAAGAAGGCCGGCGACCAAACUGCCGCCCAUAUCAACCUCAAAGUCAAAGGCCAGGACGGGAACGAAGUUUUCUUCAGGAUUAAAAGAAGCACACAACUGAAGAAGCUUAUGAAUGCAUAUUGUGAUAGACAGUCUGUGGAUUUCAACUCGAUUGCCUUCUUGUUUGAUGGCCGCCGCCUUCGAGGCGAGCAAACUCCUGAUGAGCUGGAAAUGGAGGAUGGUGAUGAGAUCGAUGCAAUGCUGCACCAAACCGGUGGAACAAAUGUUUUCACAAUGUUCUCAUUUGUCUGAAGGUCACAAUUAUUGUCUGAUUAUGUAGAUGUUGCAUAUAUAGACAUAUGGCCACGGGGUGUUAUGAACUUGGUCUGGUUCUGAAAUAUCCAGCUCUUUCUUCUAGAGCCUUUUAUGGAUGCUGUUUUGCUUAAUGAGAUGGGAUUUGGACCUUCCUUU